GGCCAACAGGCGUCUGCCCUUGUUAAUUGCCAGAGAAACCAACCCCGGAACUCCGGAGCUCCACCAGGGAUUUGCCGGCCUGCAGCGGCCCCAGGCUCGCCUUUCUCCCUUACCUAUCUCCCCGCAGUCCAGGUGCACCGCCUGCCCCUCUGCAGGAUGGACAUGAUGGACGGUUGCCAGUUCUCACCUUCUGAAUACUUUUAUGACGGCUCCUGUAUCCCAUCCCCCGAGGGUGAGUUCGGAGAAGAGUUCGAGCCCCGAGUGGUCGCCUUCGGGGUGCACAAAGCAGAGAUGCAGGGCUCAGAUGAGGACGAGCACGUGCGAGCACCUACUGGCCACCACCAGGCUGGUCACUGCCUCAUGUGGGCCUGCAAAGCGUGCAAGAGGAAGUCCACCACCAUGGAUCGGAGGAAGGCGGCCACCAUGCGCGAGCGGAGACGCCUGAAGAAAGUCAACCAGGCCUUCGAGACACUCAAGAGGUGCACCACAACGAACCCUAAUCAGAGGCUACCCAAGGUGGAGAUCCUCAGGAAUGCCAUACGCUACAUCGAGAGCCUGCAGGAGCUGCUGAGGGAGCAGGUGGAGAAUUACUACAGCCUCCCAGGACAGAGCUGCUCCGAGCCCACCAGCCCCACCUCCAACUGUUCAGAUGGCAUGCCUGAAUGUAACAGUCCUGUCUGGUCCAGAAAGAGCAGCAGUUUUGACAGCGUCUACUGUCCUGAUAUAUCAAAUGUAUUUGCCACAGAUAAAAGCUCCUUAUCCAGCUUGGAUUGCUUGUCCAGCAUAGUGGAUCGGAUCACCUCCACAGAGCAACCUGGGUUGCCUGUCCAAGACCCAGCCUCUCUCUCCCCAGUUGCCAGCACUGAUUCACAGCCUGCAACUCCAGGAGCCUCUAGUUCCAGGCUUAUCUAUCAUGUGUUAUGAACUAAAUAUCUAGUCUAGAUCAGUUCUGCCAGGAGGGCCUAUGACACAGAAGGAAGUACGACCAACAUGUCCAAAAAAAAAAAAAUAAACAACCUGUGUAUAAUGACUUAUUUUCUGUGUAAAUUUGUAAAUAUCAUCUUGUCACUUUAUAAGAAAGUGUAUUUAACUAAAAGUCAUGAUUGCAAUGAAUACUUCCUUCUCUUUUUUUAUUUUUUUCUCUUCAUCUUUGCCUUCGUUGUUUUAGAUACAUAGUUCCAAUAAUACUAUUUCUAAUAGGGGGCAAUUCAUUAAAUGUAGCUAAUUACAAUGCUUAAAUUAUAUAUAUUAUAAAUUUUGUUCAUCAAAAUGUCUAUGGUGUUUAGAUCUUUAUUUUUUUUCAAAACAUUUUAACAUCUGGGAAUCAGUUACAGGGAAUUUUAAAUAUAUUUAACUUUUGCUUUUCUCUUUAAUCUUUCAGUUAUAUUGUAUCAAAUAAAAUAUAUAUAACAAUACUGCCUAAUGGUAUAUAUUUUGAUUUUUUUAUAAGAAAUGCAUCUUUGCAAUGUAAGCACUAAAAAGUACAUUGUGGAUUAUUUCAAGAUAUAAGACAUUUUGGAAAUUCCACUAUAAAUAAAAUUAUUUACUAAAAG